GCACACAAGUUGUUAGUAACUAAAAAUGAAUUUAUUUUAAAGAAAUUUAAAAGACACUAAAUCGAAAUACAACCAAAAGACCGAAUGCCACCAGCUUGUAGUGUAGUGCAGCUGGACGAGCUGAGGUGAACGUCCCUGACGACCAAGUUCCUCCCAUCAGAGCCUGUCAGAGAGGGUCCUUUAAUUUGAAUAUGUUCAGCUCAGUUGUCAUAUGCUAAUUAGAUAUGGUUUGUGGUUUUUGAAACCUUUAUUAUGCUUGUAUCAGCAAAAUAAUUUAAUUUUGAUUAUACUAGAUAUCCUCUGACAUCGUGGGCCAGUCUGUUCUUUUGCUUCUUGAAACGUAUCAGUUAUAAUAAAUGAAAAAACUUUAUAUCAGUAAACACACACAAACACCAUUCAUUCCCAGAACGUACAUUAUUAAAUAUGUAAUAAAGUUACUAAUAAAUGUCAAAAAUACUUGGCUAAUAAUCGAUACCUGAAUAAGAAAUUGAAUCUAAUGUUUAUGAUGAGACUCUCCUAACAAGUGUGAAUAUGAAAUCCAAGUCUGUGAAGACACAAGAUCAAUGUGUUACGUUCACGUUCAGCUUUAAAAAGCGGAUUCACAGUUUUGUAAAAACUAAGUCCUGUGUGACUGUCGUCAUUUUGUGGACGAGGAGCAAACACGAAAUGCAUUUCUUGUUAGAUUUGUUCGAAAAGACCAAAGAUCAAGUCCUGUUUGGUUUCUAAAAGCCAAUUUGGCGCCUUGUGGAUCUUUUUAUGGGUUUGUUUGAAACAUGGCGGCGGUUCGUGACCGGCGACGGUGCGUUCAGCUCAGCAGGCAGACGAGCGGCCUCGGCUAACCGCGAGCUGCACGCACCACUGUGGGGCUCACACGGAAACCUUUCUGUAUUCAACGUCAUUUCAAUGGACGACGAACACCGUCGGAGCGGUCCCGCCGGUGAGACGCACAGUGCUGCGGUGCUCCGGGCGGGCAGCGACCCGGCCGUGACCGGCGACCCCAGAGCGCUGCGCCGCCUGACGGCCGCGGAGCGGCGCUGCGGGCUGGAGCCGCGCGUCGGCCGCGCGCACACCGACCUCGAGCCGCGCACGAGGAGGGUGCUGACCGAGUGGAUGUUCCAGGUGUGCGAGGAGCAGAGGUGCGAGGAGGAGGUGUUCCCGCAGGCGGUCCGUUACCUGGACACCUACCUGGGCCGCUCCGCCGUCGACACGUGGCACCUGCAGCUCGUGGGGACCGUGUGCAUGUUCCUGGCCUCCAAGAUGAGAGAGACCGUCCCCCUGACCGCCGGCCGCCUCUGUGUCUACACAGACAACUCGGCGUCGGUCUCAGACCUGCUGUGUGUCUGUGUGUGUCUGUGUGUGUGUGUGUCUUUGCAGCAGUGGGAGGUGGCAGUGGUGUCCGGGUUGGACUGGUGUCUGGCCUCCGUGGUGCCCUCUGACUUCCUGGAGCCCAUCCUUCAGGCUCUCCCCUUCGUUCGGCCCUUCCACUGUCCAAACAUGCGCAGGCAUGUUCACUCCUACAUUGCUCUGGCAGCCACCGGUAAUCUGUCACGCUCAUCUCUAGACCACAGGUUCUCUGUGUUCUUGCCCUCCACCGUUGCAUGUGCCUGUGUGAGCAUUACCAUGCAGAGGGUCAAGUUGGAGGACCUUGCCGUCUCCUCUGAUUCAGUGAUGAUGUUUUUGGCCAAGCUUUUGGCCAUUGAUCUGUUCUUUUUCUUUUUCUUAAAUAUGACCCUGAACAGAAGUCGGUCCUUCUCUGCUAUGACCAGCUAUGGAGUGUGCUGGAGCUCCGCCUACCCACCUGUUUACAGGACAGUGUUUGCAGACCAAGAGCACACAGCUCAGAGAUCAGCUACACCCCUGCUGACAUUCACAAUGUUGUAUUGACACCACUGACAACACACAAAAACACCCUCCCACGAGUAGACCAGUUAGAUGUACAGACACGAGAGAGAGAACCAGAAGCCUGAAUACCAGGCAGAAUGUGUGCCGGUAUUGGUUUUAAGUGUUCACCCUGUUGCUUUAUUUUGCAAUUGCUGAAGCAACUUUGAAAUAUAUGAUUCUCAUUGUGCUUUUCAACUAAUCUACUAUUUCAUUGUAUUGCACGGAAUCCUUGUUUGCACAUUUUAAUUGUGAUAUUUUUUUUUUUGCGUUUGUCUGUAUACAACAUAGAUUGUUCUGAUUCUUUAAAUGGAUGUUUUUUCAUUACGCUAUUGUACUGUGUAUAAAGGAGUUCUGUUUAACUGUGACAUAGACGAUCUGUAUGUACAGUAGGUCAGUAACCACAUUAGCCAUCACUUAAGUUCUUUGUUGUUGUUGUUUUUAUUGAUUUCCUAAUACCGGUCACAACAUGGCAGAUCAUAUUGCUCACAUAAAUGAUAGGCCAGUUAACUUUGGCAAACAGGGUUUUGUUGUCGUCAAAGAGAAAAAAACAAAAAAACAUUAACAGAGCCAGAUGCAUAUUAAGUUAUACAAAAAAAAAAUUAAACCUGUCUUCCCAGAAAA